AUGUAUUAUCUUUUUGUUGGAUUUCUUGCUCCAGCAAUUCUGAUUCUUAUUCUUGGACUGUUUGCUUGUCUCAAAAAAACUUCGAAUACCAGAUACGAUGACAAGGAUUACCAAUCAAUCUAUUCAAACGACGAAAAUCAAGUACGAAUCCGAAUGCCAGUCUACGACGCCCGCGGUGUGAACAGCUAUCAAAUGAUUUACGAAAAUCAGCACUUUGUCGAUUUCAAACACCCGCCAACCUACAACGAAGCCGUUCGCCAUAUGGCCAAUGUAAAAGCCCCGAGACGUCACUUGCCACCAAACCAGCCACGAAUACUGGAGCGAGGAGCGGUGCCGCAGCAAAAACAAACCACCAUUUAUUAA